UGGACGAGUUUAACUGAGAGUCUAAUGCUCUCAAUGUCUUUUCUUUAUUUCCCUUCGCCUCUAUCAGUUCUAUGUCCAUUAUAACCGCCGUUUCCCGCCGCCACUGCUUCACGCCUCCUCCGUUGCUGCUUCAUUGGCGCCACUGCGCUGCGUUCUUCAUUGCCGCUACUGCGCUGCGUUCUUCAUUGCCGCUACUGCGCUGCGUUCUUGACUGCCGCUGCAAUCUUUAAUUAGGAGUGAUUACAAUCAUGUCAGAAAUUAAGGUUUAUCAAAGAAAAUCAAAGAACAACAUGGAAUUUGGGAGCACAAUGUUAAAGAAUCAGGAAAAACAGUCUGAGUUAGGAAACAACUGGGUUCCUGAAACUCCUGCAAAGCCUACACCAAACAGGGCACUUAAUGUUUACGCCAAAAGGUGCCGGAAAGGCGAUUCAGGACUCAAACUUCUCCCGACUCCUAAACAGGAGGAUCAAGAAAAGGGUUUUGUGUUGGUUGAUGCUGUAGACAAAGUACAGGAACAAAGGGACUGGAAAACUUUGAGCACGGAAUCUUUAUGUUUGGAUUCUGAUGGCUUGAUGGAUUUAAAUAAGAGUAUUUGGGACCUAGAAGUUGUUGGUGUUGGUGCUUCUCAUUCCAAGGAAUCCUUGGAAGAUUGUACUGGUAAUUUGGUUAGAAGGUUGGAUUUCUCGGCCUCGGGAGAUUCUAAUAAAGGUUUCAGGGUCGGGAAUGAACAAUUAGACAGAGUUCCUAUUCCAGAAGCCUCGAGCUAUGCUGCUAAUGCAGCUCCACUGUCCUUUGAAGAUUACAGAACUGCAACAACUCGCAGCACGGAUCAGUCUUCCUCUCAAGACUCGUCUAAUGCUCCAAUAGAAGGUGCAGUCAACAAGAUUAUUUCAAGAUUUGAUGCCGGGAACUCUUUGCCUGGAAACCACAAUCACUUGCACAACAUAGACCAAGAGAAUAACAGAAAUAAUCCAGAAUGUCACUUUGCUCGGUGUGAUGGACAAAAAGAUUUGCAAGGUAAAUUUGCAUAUGUGAAGGAAAAUGAGAAGCUUCAUUCUAGUGAGGGCUUAGAGCCAGCAACUCCAUUAUUGAAGCAAAUUGUCGGCAAAAGACCAAGAAAUGGGGCAGAUGUGAAUCAAAGCCCGUUAAAGAGAACAAAAACUAAGAAACACAGACAUAGGCCCAAAGUAGCAGUUGAAGGUAGAAAAAUAAAAUCUAAGAUUGCACUUGAAAUUAAGGAGAAAAAGAAGUACGUAAGAAAAACCAAGUCCAAUAUGAAGGAGAAGAGGAAGUAUGUUAGAAGCAGCUCAAAAACCUCGACUAAAGAGCCCCAUACUGAAAGUUUUGCUGCCAACUUGAGCUUACCUAGUGCAGUGAACCAGCCAAAUGAUGAAAAAUGGAUAGAAAUUUCGAAGCCUAAUGUGGGCGGUGCAAUAGAAGUUUCUGUAACAGGGUACCAGGUUAGUGAUGACAGUAUGUUACAGUUUACUAUAUCAGCUGUAUCUAAAGCUGCUGGAAGACAUAGCUGUGAUAACGAAACAACAGCACUGUGUGGUCCAAACCUUCAAAGAAACUCAACAGAUCCGCUUACUAUGGCUAGAACUUUAGAAGAUACUGUCACAAGGAACCAGGGAAGUGAUGGACUGAUGUUGCAGUCAACUAUGUCUGCCGUACCUGAACUUGCUGUAAGCCAUGGCUGUGAUGAUAAAUUGAAUGUGUUGCGGGAUUCAAACCUUGAUAUGAAGUCAGUAUUGCAGCCUGAUGUGGAGAAGAAUGUUAUAGGAAAGCAUUCGCCGUCUGAACUUAAGUUGGAGACAAGUACGGAGAGUACUUGUGCAACAAGGAGGUCCACAAGAAUUGCUUGUAGGAACUUGUUUAUGAGGAAAACAUUUGACUGCGAAAGUGAGUCCUCAUGUAAUCAUACAAGUUUUCCAGAAGGAUACAAGGGAAGUAGGAAUAAGAGGCAGCGGAAAUCAAAAGCUUCUAUCCUAAUGAGCUUUCUUGGCUUGCAGAUUCAUGCAAAAAAGAAGAGAGAUAGAGGGUAUAAUCGAAGAAGAAUAGAAUGGGCAUCCCUUGUGAUGGAUCCAAUCAUUCUUCUCAAUGAAACUCCCAUACCUUUUCUUCAACGAGAAAUUGUAGAAGAAAGACCUCUACUGCAACAACUGGUCAUUACUCAAACGGAAGGAAUGCAGGAAGAUUUGUUGUUGAAUCACUUUCGACAAUCACAGAUUGGUGAAGGAGAAAGAGCAGUCAACCAUGGAGUAUCUGCACAAAAUAGUCUCGUGCCUUUAUUUCAGCACGAAGUUGUCGAAGAAAGAGUGGAUGUGGAUUUGCUGAGUCCUUCAUUUGACUGCUACUUCUUCAGCAAAGAGCACGUAGAAGGAAAUCAUGAUAGAGAUUUACUUGGCCGCGGCAAUAAUCUGGGACUUCUUCUUAAACCAAGUAGUGCAGAGGAUGAUGUUCAAAUGAUUCAUCCUAUUGAAUUGCCAAAUUGCAAGAAAAAGGAAUCAAGGAAGCCAAGAAAGGUAAUAUCAUUUCCUGUUUGUACAACCCUGGAAGACGGAGGCUCAAUUAAAAGUGUGCAUGAUCCAGUCAUUACCAAAUCAAGAGGUGGAAAGAAAGCCUUAAGUAACAGAAAGCAUAAGGGUUAUUCAGUUGAUGACCUCAUCCAUGCGUUCGAGUCUCUAGCUCCCUAUCAAGGUUCCCGUUCCACCAAAGUCAGAAACUCAGGUGCUGUAGUUCCCUAUCGAGGUUCUCGUUCUACCAAAAUUAGAGAUUCAGAUGCUAUAGUUCCCUACAAAGGUUCUCAUUCCGCCAAGAGCAAAGACUCAGGUGCCAUAGUUCCCUACCGGAGUUACAAAAAGAAACUGAAAGCACAAGUCCUUCUUGACGAUGAGACAUUGAGACAAUAUAAUUUGGUGAUGAAAAUAGAUGAUGGCCUGGGUGAGAGAGAGGAAGAUAAAGAAAGACAAAAAAAGUGGGAAGAGGGAAGAGAAAUUUUCCUUGGCCGCAUCAAGUCAUUCUCUUCCAAAAUGCAUAUAAUCCUAGGAGACAGAAGGUUCAAACCAUGGAAAGGAUCGGUGGUGGACUCAGUGGUAGGAGUUUUCUUAACUCAAAAUGUUACAGAUUUUCUUUCAAGUGCUGCUUACAUGUCACUUGCUUCGAGGUUUCCUAUUCUGUCAAGAAGCAAUCAAGGAGCAUCUGAUGAUGAACUGGAAAAUAAGUACAGCCAAGAGUCAAGUGGAGAUAUGGUUUACACCGGAACAGCAGAGGAUUCAGAUGGUAAUAGAUAUUAUAUAGCUGAACCUGAACCAAAAUCUUCAGUUCAUAUGGUAGAUGUUGAAGAGUCUGGAAGCACCAUCUUGCAGCGAGAACCUCAUAAUGUACUAACAUGUGAAAACCCAGUUAAUGCAUCAAGAGUUAUGGAGGGUAUAACUCCAGUAUUAAGCUCAAAGAGGUUAAACAGUGGUACAUUUGAAACACCUUGUUCUUCUUCCAGUGCUAGCAAUAACUCUCAUUUCAUAGAAGAUAGUCAAGCUGAAAAUGUUCAUGAAGAGAAAGUGUCACUGCACAUGAAUUUUCUGCCUCAGGAUUGCAGCUCACAGGCAGAAGUUAGGAUAGAAAAAACUCAGCAUCCCCAAAAUGUACAGCUUGGCAAGCAACUAAAUAAGCCUGAAGAGAUGGUAUGCGGAGAUUGUGCUUUGCCUCCAACUACUUCUAUCACAAGUAUGAAGGACAAUAGUUCGGGUGUGGCUUCUGACAUGACAAGAAAGACUACUAGAGGGAAGAAAAAUGUUAUUGAGGAGAAGAGGGACUGGAAUGAGAUGGGGAGAAAAUAUGCCAGACCGAGAAGUAGCGCUGAAACAGAUUCUGUGGAUUGGGAGGCGGUUAGGCAGGCACCUGAAAGUGAGAUUGCUGAUGCCAUCAAAGCACGUGGGCAGCACAAUAUUAUGGCAGAAAAAAUCAAAGCAGUCCUUAAUCGCAUAAUUGAACAUCAUGGAGGCCUUGAUCUUGAAUGGUUACGAUCUGCACCAUACAAUGUUGUUGAGAAGUACCUGCUGGAGAUAAGAGGACUGGGCUUGAAAAGUGUGGAAUGUUUACGGCUUUUGACUCUUUAUCAUAGAGCCUUCCCAGUUGAUACCAAUGUUGCUCGGAUAGCAGUGCGUUUAGGAUGGGUUCCCUUGGAACCACUCCCUGGAGAUCUUCAGCUUCACCUUUUAGAAGAAUAUCCAAUCAUGGAUACCAUUCAAAAAUAUCUCUGGCCCCGCCUGUGCCAUCUCGACCAAAAAACACUGUACGAAUUGCACUAUCAGAUGAUAACCUUUGGAAAGGUGUUUUGCACAAAGUUAAAUCCAAAUUGUGGUGUUUGUCCAAUGAGGGCAGAGUGCAAACAUCUUGCGAGCAAAAUUGCAAGCCAAACUCUUUGCUUACCACGCCCAUCUGAGAAAGUUGAAGAGAAGUCCGAGGUUCCUAUCAUAUGCUGUGGAAGCUCUGCUGUAGAUGAAAAUAGUGCUGUAGUUCUACAUCCAACACCCAUAUUUACCCAAACUUCAGAAUCAGAAUGUGUAAAGCAGACUUCUGAACCCAUAAUAGAAGAGCCAAAAUCACCACAGCUUGAUGACAUUGAAGAUUUUGGAAUAUAUCAUGGAAAUGAUGAAGAUAUCACCAACCAGGAUGAAGAAAUUCCUACCUUUAAUCUAAGCAAUGAACCGUUUAGGGCCAAUGUGCAGUGCUUUAUGGACAAUUACUGGAAUAUUCACCAACCUGAUGGUGCAUCAAGAGCUAUAGUUCCAAUAUCUGUGAAUGUUGAUUCAGUUCCACUGCGCAAAUUGAAGAAUAUCAGCCGCUUGCGGACUGAACAUCAAGUCUAUGAACUUCCGGAUGAUCAUCAACUUCUGAUAGGGCAGAGGAAACGAGAUCGCAAGGAUCAUUCGCCUUACCUUCUUGCUAUAUGGUCACCAGGUGAAACAGCAGGUUCCUGCCAACCGCCUAAAAAAACAUGCAAUUCUCAGGGACUUGAUCAACUCUGUAAAGAUGAAAAAUGCUCUUUUUGUCAAAAUAUUCUGGAAACAACAUCUGAAACAGUUCGCGGAACAAUUUUGGUUCCGUGUAGGACGGCAAUGAGAGGAAGGUUUCCGCUCAAUGGAACGUAUUUUCAAGUUAAUGAGGUAUUUGCUGACCAUGCAACUAGUUACAAUCCAAUUAUUGUUCCUAGGAGUUCAAUUUGGAAUCUAUUGAGGCGGACUGUAUAUUUUGGUACAUCACCGAAUGCAAUAUUCAAAGCAUGUUCAUUGGAGGAGAUUCAGGAAAAUUUCUGGAAAGGUUUUAUUUGCGUGAAAGGAUGGGAGGCAAACACAGGUGCACCAAGACCGUUAGCAAAGAGAUUUCACUGUCCACCUAGUAAGAUGGAAAAGAUCACAAAUAGGGUCGGAAAACCAUCAAAAGACGCUAAUAAUGGUAAGAACACUAGAAGCCUGCCUCAGUAGUGUUGCUUAAUUCAUGUAAUUAGUUGUAUUAUAUUUAAUUUUUAGGCAAUUCUUUCAUUUAUUCUAACAAAAGAGUUUAGGUUCCACGUCAUGACCUAUGUAAAUAUGUCUUCAUUUUUUUCACUACCUUUAGGUUCCAUGCCAUGGCCUAUGUAAUUAUUAAUUUAUGUUUUCAUUUUUUCAUGACCUUUCUUAGAGGUUUAUCAGUUUAAAGCCAAA